CGCAAAAUGUAGAGAAAUUCUUCAAUCGUCUAUAUAUCAGUUUUUUUAACAGGCAGCCGGAGGAAGACUGGCGACAGUGUGUCCUCUGAUGUGCUGUCUUAGCCACAGACUGUUGUGCGACAAGACCCCCCCCGGGAGUUAUCGGAAUGCCAUCUGGAACACUGGAUGAUAAUAGUUACAUUAUUAGUGUCUGUGCAUAUAAGUGUAUAGGUCCUGGCAGUGUAGUAUUAUACUGGAUUAAGGAUUGCGGUACUCUUUCU